ACGUGUGUGUCCUGGGUCGGAAACACUGUCUCUUCUCUCUCUCUCCACGGUUGCAGACGUAAGCACACGGAAUCUUCUCCGCUCCGAUGCAAUACACGUUCCUCAGCUUCACUGAAACCAAGACGAAGUCGCCGCCAGCAGCUCGCUCCUUAUCUUUAUGUCAACUCCACCACCACAGCCACGACAAGUGCAGUGCGAAACAAUAUUAAGCGCUGUAGAUGUGUUUAUCCAUAGGGAGCGCACGGGUCUGCAGGCAGAGAUCCAACGAUUACAGGCGGAGAAUGCGAAACUGCUGAGAGAAAACGGCGAGCUCCUACGGCAAACAACAAACAUACACACCACACCGACCACGAUCGUUGCACUCACGGGCGACAACAACGAGAAGCAGCCACUCGCGCAGUUGGAGCCGAAAGAUGCGCUCCUGCGCGUGCUGCUGGCAAAGGUCCACCACUGCCAGCGGUUCCUGGUCAAGGAGCGCGAGGCAUUUGCGCAGCGCGAGGCCACCUUCGAUCAGAGCAUUCGGGCGCUGAGGGGGAUGGUCGAGCAGGUGGUGAAGACGCAGCAUCAUCACCGAGGAACCACGGCGGGUGCUACAGCUCCGCCGGGGCGUGCGCACCAUAGCGCGCCGACAAGUCCGACGGUCAGGAGAGAAGAGAUACGCAUGAAUACGGGGCAGGUCCCCGCUGAGCUGGUGGAUAGGGUCAUGGAACUUACCGCGAACCUAUCGCAGAGGGCGGAGGAGGUCAAGGUACGUACUCCAUUAGGUCCACAAUUACUAGCGCUGACCCAAAAUCACCAGCAAAUCCGCCUCCUUGCGGAAUCUAAAGCGGCUGAAGCAGCGCAACGAGUCGCCGACCUCGAGCGAAAAUCCGAGGGACUAUCCCUCCUGUACGUCGUCCCAUCUCUCCCACCCCCUUCCCUACCCUACCCUUCCCACGCUGAUUCCCCCCAUAGCCGCGCGCACAACAACCAAGCAGACUUCGAGCUCAACGUGCUAAACCUGCGCUUGAAGCGACUGGAAGCGGCGACGCUGGAGUACGUUCCGCUGGCGGAACAAGAUAUCAUUUUGGACUUUGAGGCGUAUAGAGAUGAGUUGGGGAAGGUUAGGAGUAGGCAGAAGAUAAGACGGAAGAGGGAAGAAAGGUGGGGUUUGUGGACUUCGGUUGGUGGUGGUUGAAGGGAGGUGUGAGCGACGAAGAGAGGUGUAAUGGAAUGUCAUACAGUAUCGGUACUUAGUAUCCAAGUAAUAUUUAAUAUCGGGUUGAAACACAUUCG